UUAGCAGAUGGUUCCUUCAUGAAGGCGGGCAUGUCUCUGCAAAUGUAUCUUAGGAUGGCUAGUCAACUGGCACAACAUCUAACACUGCACCACACGAUCGAAGAGAAGCAAAUCUUCCCGUUCCUGUCAAAGCGCAUGCAUAUGUUUCGCGAAGAUGACGUCCAUAUCAAGUCACACGAGGCCAUCUAUGACGGACUGGAAAAUUUGAACGUGCUCAUCAGGAAGUGGACUUUGUCUCCAUCUACCUAUAGCCCCGUGGAAAUGAAGAAAUGUCUCGCUAGCUGGAAAGAGGUGUUAUUUACUCAUCUAGACCACGAGGUCGAGGAUCUCUUUGGGGAGAACAUGAAGAGAUGCUGGAAGUUGGAAGAGCUGGACCUUAUACCAAUGUAA